GAGAGAAAGAGGAGAGAGUCACUCUGAGCUCCGCUGACAUUCCCAGCAAGCAUUGCAGGGGAGAAAACUGUGUGAUAUACAACAACAAAGACAGUGUGUGUGAAUCCACUAGAGGAGGCUUUAACAGUGUAACACACACACAACUUUGAGCUUCGGUGAGGCUGCAGGACAGAAAGCUGCCUUCAGUGUUGAGGUGGAAACUGAACCAGAGGAGAAAGUUACUCUCAGCGGCUGGUGUCUGAUCUGUUUUGUUUCUAACAGGGGGAAGACAAGAAGAAGAAGAAGAAUUAGCAGACGAAGAAACAACGGCAACAUGUCCAACGCUCUGCUGAGGAGAAACUCUAGUAAAGAGGGUUUACGAAACCUCAUGAGGCUGACGGCUCAGAGGAGCAUCGAGGAUGCUGAGGAGGUGGAGAGGGAGCGCCGUCGAAGAGCUCGUGAGUCUUUGCGCUGGUCAAACGGCGGCUCGCUUCCCAGAGAGUCUUCACUGGAAAAUGAGACGCCGGCAGAGGAGAGCAUGUACGACGGCAGUCUGAAGCCAAACAGCUGUCCGUCUCUGGAAGAGGAUGAAGGCUUCAGCGACUGGACUCAGCGCAGAGAGAGAAGGAGGCAGCAGCGCCUGCAGGAGCUCAACCAGGGAGGCGAGGAGGAUGAGGAAGAAGAGGUUGUCACGAUAAACAAAGCUGUACCCGAAAAGACCAUCCAGGCCUUGGUCACAUCCUCCAGCCGACUCCAGAUACAGGAGCAGGAAGAGGUAGAAAACACCAAGGUGGAGAUGGAGAGGAGGAAGGCAUUUGAUAAGGAGGGAAUUCGAGCUGAGAGGGUGAGGAGGGAGAAAGAGAUGGAGGAGAAGGACAAGAGGAAGAGAGAGGAGGUGAUGACCAGGAGAAAGGAGGAGAUUCAAAGGCCGAAUGCAGAGGUGGAGAAAAGAAAAGAAGUUAAAAUCUCCUACACAUCAAAGGUUUUCCUUCACCAAGAGCCGAAACACAGCAAUGGAGACGCAACCAAUGAGGAAGUGACGUCAUACGUGAUCAACAAGACAAAAAGGUCCACCAGCAGAGCCAUGGAGCCGGAGGAGGCGGAGGCCAUCCUGGAGACGGAGCAGCGUCUGGAGAAAAUCCGGCUGAGCCUCCAGCAGAAGGAAAGCCAGGGGCUGGAGCAGCUGAGACUCCGACAGGCCGAGGCCGAGCAGGAGCUGGAGGAGCUGAAGAGGAGGAGGGAGGAGAGACGUCGAGUCCGGGAGGAAGAGGAGCGUCGGAGGGAGGAGGAGGAGCAGCAACGGCUGGCCAAAGAGGAGGAGGAGAGGAGGCGGAUGAAGGAGGACAUCGAGAGGAGGAGGAUGGAGGCAGCAGAGAGGAUGAAGAGCCUGAGUACGUCCAACGUGGACGGAGACGAGAUGUUCAGUCCCGUCAAUCCCAAAGCUCCCACACACAAGAUCACAGAGAGAACGGAGUCGCUGAACCGCUCGCUAAAGAAAAGUAACAGCUUCAAGAAGACGCAACCUCUCGUACUGCUGCCCAAGAUCGACGACAAGCUGGAGCAGUACGCCCACGCUGUGGAGAACUCCCAGGAGGCACGGGCAGUGAAGGCAUCACUGAACGACCUGCCUAGCUCACCUGAGGUCGUCGCCUCCAAGAAAAACCUAUUUGAGGCCGGAGAAGCCUGGAGCCAAAGUCCCACCAAAGGAGCGACCUGCAAGGACACUGAGGGGUUGAAGGUAGGCGUGGCCAGCCUGAUCACUCAGUGGGUGAAGGGUCCGUCUGACGGCAGCAGACAGUCGCUCUGCAAACCGGCAGAUGUGAAGCCUGGAGAUGUGAUGCAGAAAAAGAACAUGUGGGAGGUGAUUGGAGACUCAUCAGGGCAGCCGGGGCAAAGGGCCAAGGUCUCAGCAGCUGGUAAAAAGUACAAAUUUAUCGUCACUGGUCACGGCAAAUAUGAGAAGAUCCCUGUGGACGACGAGACCGGAGGAGAGUACACUAACGGAAAGUCUGAUUUAUAUCAUGGUGAUUACUGAAGAGGUGUCGUCUCCUCAGGUGGUUUCCGCUUUGAUCUCACAAAAACAUUCGCUGGCUAUAAAGAUGUCAAACAGAACAGUUUCAGGCUCAAUAUUUCAUUUAUAUCAAAUAAAUCACUUCUGACUCUCAGUUGGACAAGUACAAGCCCAAAAGAUUUGAUUAUCAAAUAUCUCUUUGAUUUUGUAUUUUAUUUUCUGACAUCCUGUUUCUAUUAUUAUGUAUAUAUCUGACUGUGAGCUUUAGUGUUUGUGUAUCAUUCUCCACUACAGUGUUUAGGUGAAUCAUUCCCAAUGUCUGGUUGAUACUUGUAUGACGGUGUGUAGGGAAACGUAAGUGUUUUGAAUAGAAAUAGUUUACAUGUUUCAAUCACGUAGCGUUAAUGGAUGACACUUGUGUUGUGUUGUGUUAUCUGUCCUGCACUUAUCUUUGGCUAAAGAACAAUCUGAUGAGCUUGAGAGGGAAGAACUGUAAAAGUUUGAUACUGAUGAUAAAAUAACACUGAAAGUCUAUUAAAAAAACAUCAUCUCGUGGCUCACUUGGUGCAGCCAUGAACCCAAAAUUACUUUUAUUUGGUAUCUGGUAAUAUUUUGAUAUUACUUCUCAAUAACCUUCAUCACACGGACACCUGAUCUAUACAAUCAAACUAUUUCCUGUGUAUGUUUUUAUCAGCUCUGUACUACUGCAGACACUUUUUACCUUUGAUAUUCAGUAACUGAGAUUUCUGAUUGUAUGUGUUUAUACCCCUUUUCUUAAAUAAAUUAAAAUAAUUUUCUACUUUU